AUGAAACAUAACAAAUAAUAGAGUCAUUACAUAUUAGACUUUUAGGAUAUCGAGGAUAUUUCAGAUAAUGAAUCAAUGAGUUCUGAAUAAUCAAAUAAAUAAUAAUAAAUAAAUUAAGUAAGUCCAAUUGGCAAUAGAAUAGAAUAAUUGAAUUCAAUAUUAUAAGUAAAAAAGGAGACUGUAGAAAUUCCAUCAAUAGUAAUAUAAGAAUAAGAGGAGCCAAUAAUAAGAAGAAAGGUGGAUAUUUAAAAGUAGUAAUGGUCAGUUAAUUUUGAUGAAUUAUCAGAAUAGGAAUAAUUAGAUAGUGAUAGAUCAUAAUGUGCAAUAGAAAUACAAAAGGAUCCAAGUCCACCUACAAUUACAAUUGAAGAACCAUAAUAUAUUGAAUAAUAUUUUGAAGAUUAAAAUGUAAUAGAAGAGAUAGAUAUUGAAUAAGAAUAGUUAAAAUUAGAAUAGAGAAAGGAAUAGUUGAAAUAGGAUUUAAUAACUAAAAAAUAAUAAUAAUAAUAAAAAUAAAAAACUAAAAUAUAAUCAAUUCAAUAGGAACCUAAAAAGAUAUAGGAAAUAAAUUAAAUAAAAAGUAAAAACUUAGAUGAUAAAAUUAAGUAAAAAUAUAAAUAGAAAUUUUACAAUCCUAAAAAUUCAUUGAUUUAUUUAAGAUUAAAAGGUAGGGAAGAUUUAUAUAAAAAGUAAGAAUAAUUUAUAGAUGAAUAAACUAAACCUCCAGAUUAAGAUGAAUUAUUAGAAGGAUUAGAGUGUAUCAAUAGUUUAUUGAUUGGAUUAUCUAAAAUCAAGGAUAAAAAAUUAAGUAAUAUUGAAAAAUAGAAAAUGCUACCUUUGUAAAUUUAGAAACAUCGUUUAGAUGAUAAAGGUGAACAUCAUAAAGAAUCUAAAUUAUAAAAGAAUACUGAUAAAGAUAAAAAUAUAGAAUAAUAAAAGAAAAUUUAAUAAGAAGUUUAAAAAGAAAAAGAUUAAAAAUAAAAUGAAUCUAUAAUUAAAUAAUAGUAGCUUUAAGAAGCAUAAUAAGCUAGAUAAAUAAGACAUGAAAAGUAAUAGUAGGAAAAAGAAAAAUUAAAAUUAAUGGAAUAAAGAUAGAUUUAUAAAAUCUUAACAAAAAAAUAAAUCAAUUAAGGAUUAAUACUUUAUAAAUGUCAUCUAAAGUAAAAAUAAAAAGAUACAAUUAAAUGGUUAAGAUAUUCAGAAAUUGCUUUAAUAAGUAAAGGUGAAAUAGAAAUCUUUAAUUUUGAAAAGAGAAUGUAAGAUUAACUUUUUAUGUAAAUUCACAAAACAAAUAUGAUAUCAAUAUUAAUUACUAAAUAAGCAAUAUUUGAUAGAAUAACUAUUCAUUAUGUUGAAGAGUAAAAGUAACCAGAAGAAAUCUAAUAAAAAUAAAAAGAAUCAUCCAUUUAAAAUUUAAAAGAAAAUCAACAUAUAAAUUCACAUGAUAAGAAAUAAGUCAAGGAAAAGAGAGUAAUCAAAAUUACUGAAUAAAAGAAAAAGGUUUUAGAUAACUAAAUAAAUGAUGAAAAGGAUAUAAAAUCUAUUGAUGAUAAAUAAUAAAAAGAUAAAUUAAAAUUAAAAGAUAAAUCUUAAGAAGAUUAAUUAGAAACAAAAAGAAUUAAAAAUAAAGUAAGUUAUUUAGAAAGUGAUGAGGAGAAAAAGGAUGAAGAUCUAUUAGAUGCUGAUUCUAUUUAAAUUUUUAAAAUUACUUAAAAUAGAUAAAGAAAAUUUGAUAAAAAGGAAAAAAACUAAUUGAAAUCUUCACAAAAUAAUUAAUAAUAAAUUGAAGAACAAAAAUAAAUAGAAUCUAUUGAACUUUCUUAAAAAAACAAUAUUAAUUAAAGUAAAGAAUAGAAAAAAAAUAAGAAUCAAAAAAUUACGGAAUAUCCAUUAAGUAGAUUAGAGACAAAUGAUGAAAUUAAAAAAAAAUAAAAAAUUAAUCAAAAAAGAAAGGAAAAAAGAAGUAAGGAAUAUCAUUAAUAAGUCAAUGAUAUUGUAAAUGAAUAAAAUCAUAUAAUUGCUAUCUCAAAACAAAAAAAAGUUUCUAAAAAUACUAAAAAUUAGGAAGCUGAAAAUUAAAUAAUAAAAUAAAUACAAAAUAAUUAAGAAGAAAAUGAUAAAAUAUAGAAUAUAACUAAUGAAAAAGAUAUAUAAGAACCAAAUAAUUCUAAUUCUACAAAAGUAUAAGAAGAAUCAAUAAGUAAAAAUAAUAAAUCCCCAUCAUCUAAAUCAUUACCAAAAUUAGAUUCUAUUGAACCUGGGUAUGUUUCUUCGAAGCGUAUUUAUGAAAGCAGAAAUUAAAAGAAAAAAAGAAUGAAAAUUAUUGAAGAUGAAGAAUCAGAAUAUAGGGAUAAAUAAAACGAUAAGAAUCAAUUGAAAAAAAGAACAAGAUAAAAAUGA